AUGGCCUUUACAGCAGGCAUUGAGGGUACUGGCCUCCAUGGUGCUUUGAUGGUGCUAGACCCUAGCUUCACGGCAACUCGUCUCAUCAAGCUGCUCCGUCUUCCACCGACUCUACCUGCUGCCGCUUUUCUGAACGACCGUCUCCAGGCUUUGAUCAGGCCAGCCAGGUGA